AUGGAAUGUUUUAAGCCUCCUGAAGCUUUUAAUGUACAGGAACCACAUGGAUGGCUGAAAUGGAAACAGAGGUUUGAAAUUUUCAUGUUAGCAUCUGAAAAAAAUACUGCAGCUGAGAAAAUAAAAAUAGCAUUACUGGUUAAUAUCAUUGGUGAAUCUUGUUUAGAUGUAUACAACACUUUUCCAAACUGCAAGACCAGCAAGCUUGAAGAUGUCUUGUCUUGUUUUGAUGACCAUUUUUUGCCAAAAACUAAUACAACUAUGGAAACCUUUAAGUUCAAUAGUAUCCAUCAAAAAGAAGGCCAAACUAUAGAUUCGUUCCUCACUGAACUUAAGAAACAAGCAUCUAAUUGUGCCUUUAUAUGUGAAAAUGACCAAUGCAAGGCAAGUUAUGCUGAUAGAAUGAUUCGAGACAAACUGGUUCUUGGCAUACAUGAUAGGCAAGUACAACGGCAUUUGUUAAGAGAGCCUGCUAUGUCCCUGGAAAAAAUGCAGGAAUAUUGUCGAAGCAUCGAAGUGACCAUGCAGCAUGUUGAGUUGCUCAACAAAACGGAGGAGGAGCCUCAGGAAGUACUCGCCUUAAGGUAUGGAAGACCUGAAGGAAGAACAAAUAAGAAAAAUGAGAAAUGUUCACGGUGUGCCUACGCACAUGAACCUAGGAAGUGUCCAGCAUACAACCAAACAUGCAGAAUUUGCCAAAGACGGGGACACUUUGCCGAAAUGUGUUUUUUCAAGGACCAAAAUAAUUCUGUCCAGAGAAGAGUAUCGGAGGUAACAGAAGCACAGGAGACUUCUAUUGAUACUGACUUAGAGUACAUAGUCCAUGCGCUUUCUUUAACCUUGCCCAUUACGAAAGAAAAGAAAUUAAUAGUGAUGUUUUGUUAA